ACAUCCUUUUGUAGGACUCGGGACUAUCCUCUGACAGCUCCAGGUCCAUCCUGGAAGAAGUUCCAGGGCGGCUUCUGUGAGUCUGUGAGGACGUUGGUCUGUUGGUUCCAGUACAGCUUCCUUCAUGAUGGCUUCCCUAUGGACAACCCCAUCUGCCUGCUCACUGGCCUCUCAGACUCACAAGUCCACGCCUUCCGUCACACUAGCACCCUGGCUGCUAUGAAACUGACGACCUCCCUGGUAAGAGUUGCCCUCCAACUGAGUCUGCACCAAGAUAACAAUGAGCGUCAGUAUGAGGCUGAAAGAAACAAGGGGCCAGGGCAGAGGGCACCUGAGCGGCUGGAGAGCCUGUUGGAGAAACGCAAAGAGGUGAGGAGUGUUCCCUGCUGCUUCCUUUCCUUUUUCCCAGCUUGCACCCACUUCUGCCACAGACCCCCUUAUCAGGCCCUGGGCAGUCUUUCAAGAUCAUGAAUAAUGGAGUCUGGCAGUAGUUUCAUAGACCCAUCCUGUAAGGGGUCGUUGCGUGCUCAACUUUUUUCUGGGUUGUGGCUCAAUAAACAAUGUGUAAUUUAGAGUUCUCUUGAAUUCCACUUUUGCUCAGUUUUUCGUUGUCAGCACUCAUUGUCAGGAGUGUUUAAGUGCUGUACCUGCCUGUCAUGCAGGGAAUUAAGUUUUGACCUACUUGUCAAGUGUGCAUUGUGCAAAUGACCGCAGGAGUACUAAAAGCCAACCAUUGACAAGGGAGGCCACAUUUUCAAGGAAUGGAAAGAGCACAGGCCUUCCAGUGAACUCCUGGCUUUAAAUUCUGUUCCAUUUAGUCACUAGCUCCAUAGCCUUAUGUAACCUCUCUUCAGUGUUCUUUUCCUUAAAAAAGGGAUAACCUCACCUUUUUGUGAAGAAUAAAUGAGAUGAGGAGUAAAUUGUGUCACUUGGCA